CACCUCUGGAACGUCUGCGGUUCUUCCACUCUUUACGAAAAGCAUCUAUGCUAUGUUCCGCGUAUCAACCUCCGCUAUUUACACCUCUUUCUCCCUCGUUUUCCAACCAAAAACCGCUCUUUUGUUCUUUCUUUUACCCCCCUCCACCGCUUUCAAACCUUCGGACCCAAACUGAGAAGGAAAGCCCCGACUUUUACGAGAAAAACUAUCCAUUUUGGUGAUAGCUCCUGAGCAGAAGAAGAUGUGGACCCAGCCUUACCGGAAGAAUGACUUGGAGGCCGGAGCCAGGCCUCUCUACCCUUUGAUGCAGGAGAGCCCGGAGCUCCGCUGGGCUUUCAUUCGCAAAGUUUACUCCAUCCUCACCUUCCAACUGCUUGCCACUAUUGCCGUCGGCGCCGUGGUUGUUUUCGUCCAUCCCAUCGCGCACUUCUUCGUUAGCACCGGGGCCGGCCUCGCUCUCUACAUCUUACUCAUCUUGACGCCGUUCCUCGUGAUGUUGCCUUUGUACUUCUACCACCAGAAGCACCCGUUUAAUUACCUUCUUCUUGGAAUUUUCACUCUUUCUCUUGCUUUUGUGGUUGGAUUGACUUGUGCAUUCACCAGUGGGAAGGUCAUUUUAGAAUCUGUCAUUCUGACUACUGUUGUCGUCAUGAGUCUCACCCUGUACACAUUCUGGGCGGCAAGGCGAGGCCACGAUUUUAACUUCCUUGGUCCCUUCUUGUUUGGUGCUCUGCUUGUACUUGUGGUGUUCGGAAUGAUUCAGAUUUUUUUUCCGCUUGGUAGGAUUUCUGUGACGAUCUAUGGAUGCUUGGCAUCACUCAUAUUCUGUGGUUACAUAAUUUACGACACUGAUAAUUUGAUCAAACGGUUCUCCUAUGAUGAGUACAUCUGGGCUGCAAUCUGCUUGUAUUUGGAUAUCAUCAACCUCUUCCUGGCGCUUUUAACUAUUUUCAGUGCUACUGAUUAACGAAAAAAGGAAAGUAUGCUGGAUCUCUGCUUCCUCAUAUAUGUUCUGUGAUCAAAAGAUAAAUAUAUUCUUGUCAAUAGGUUCAUCUUUUCUUCCACCGGUGGGGCUCCACGUCAAUGUUGUAACUUGUAAGCCACUCCAAUUCUGUAAUUACACUGAUAAGUAAAUACUAGAUAAUGGAGUUGGAAUUUUGCUUUCCA